GUCACAUCUAAAUAUAACCCAGACAGCUUCGGACCCCGCUAAACAAAAACACACGGGCUGCAAGCUGGAGUGCUCCAGGGCGCACGUUCAGAUCAACAGAAAUGGAUGACUUUGAUCAGGAGGGCAUAAAUGAGGAACUUAUCGAGUUUGCCAUUCGAGAGAGCAUUCAAGAUGGCAACAAUCUGCCAUGUUUGAUACAAACAAACAGGAAGGAAUCAAACAGUGACAACUUUAUGAAGAUAAUGGCAGCCAUUCACAAAGGUGAUGUGCACGCACUGCAGGAGCUGUCGGGUUGCGUGUCUGCCUUCAGAGAGACCAACAGCAGGGGCUGGCUGCCUCUUCACGCAGCAGCUGUGCAGCCACAGCGAGAGACCCUGUAUGUGGUGCUGCAGGUGUCCACAUCAACAGACCUGACCCUGGAGGAGUGGACAGAUGACGGGGACACGGCUCUGACUCUGGCAGCGGAGGCCGGCCUGGUGGAAAAUGUCAAGAUGCUGCUGCAGCACGGAGCGUCGCCACACAACACCAACAGCAGGAACGAGUCUCCUCUGCUGAUUGCGGUGAGACAGAAAUCAUAUGACAUGGUUUUCACGCUUGUCAUGGGUGGGGCCUUUGUGGAGCAGGUGUGUCUCAGUAAGUGGACGGCGACCCAUGAAGCUGCAAAGGUGGGUUGUCCAGCUAUUAUGAUGCUGCUGCUUCGACAUGGAGCUAAAGUAACUGCCAGAGACGGGCACGGGGUGACUCCUCUGGGGAUCGCAGCUGAAUAUGGCAAUGCUGAAGCUUUGGAAAUUUUCAUACAGCAUGGUGGGGAUGUGAAUGCCCAGGCCAGCAAUGGAGACACAGUCCUGUAUGAUGCAUCUGGUUCUGGAAACCUGGAUUGUGUCGAGCUGCUCCUGCAGCACGGAGCCAACCCCAAUGUUGCCAGUUACGCCUUCCAGCUUCCCAUCCACAGAGCUGCAUAUGAGGGACACAUACUAGUCCUGAGGACUCUCAUACCCAUCACCACAAAGAGAGCUAUCCGUCUCUCAGGCCAGGGCCCCGUCCACUCAGCAGCUGACGGGGGACAAGUCGAGUGUCUGGAGCUACUUAUCCAGAAAGGAUAUGAUGUCAAUGACUUGCUAGGCACACAUAUCUCUGACAACUACCAGGACCUCAGGAGGAGCCCUCUGUUCUUUGCUGUUUCCAAUGGUGAUCUGACCUGUGCUGAGAUGUUGCUGGCAGCUGGGGCGAGCACUGAGCUGGACCCACUACGAUGCAUCCUGGUGGCUGUACGCGCUGAGAGGUAUGAGCUGGUGCAGCUGUUGCUGUCCUACGGAGCAGAGGUGAACUGUUACUUCAGAGUUAUCAGCAACACACUGUUUCCCACGGCCCUGCAAUACUGCCUGAGGGACCCCGUCAUGCUGCGGCUGCUGCUCAACAACGGAUAUCAAGCUUCCAGGUGUUUCCAAUGUUGCCAUGGUAACAGUGAAGAAAUUGAUAGUACCUGGGCUGACCUCCAUAACCAAGCCUACCAGAUUUACACUCAACCUGGCUCCAUCACAUUCUGUGAGUUUGUCUCGGUGUCGUGGCUCACACAUCUACUUGGCAGUCUUGUACGGAUGCUCCUGGACUACGUCGGCCACGUCAGCAUCUGCCCCGUCCUCAGAAACAUCCUGGAGAAGAGGCCUGAGUGGGAUGAGAUUUCUGACAUACUGAGCAAGCCACGGUCUCUGCAGCACUUGUGUCGACUGGCGGUCAGAGGUUGCAUGACCCUCAGGACGCUGAAUGACCCAGUCGCCAUGGCUGCUGUCCCUUAUCCUCCAAGACUGAAGAACUACCUGACAUACAGAGAGUACAACAUUAGUUAGUUCAACUUGUGUGAUUCAAACAUUAACGAAAAAGCACUUGUCAUUCUUAAAAAAUGAGCCAAAUGGGAAUAUAUAUUCUCUCCUUUUUGUAUUUUAUUUAAGUUUUAUAUGUAGAGCUAUAUACAGUAUAUGUAGAGGAGCGCCUUGUAGUGUGUCACUUUCUUUUAUGUGAAACAAAAGAAGAAGAACACUUCCUUUUAAGCUUGGACAACUGAAAGGUCCCUUUUCUUUAUGGAGCCUGAUUAUUUUGUAUUGAUGUAGCACUACAGUCUCCUUUUUCUAAUAAAUAUUGGCACCUUUAGCUAUGAAA